GGGGGAGGGACACAAAGUGAGCGCUGUAGCCUCACAAUAAUAAUGAAUGGAAACUCUAAAGUAGCAAGUUGGGUUACUGCGUAUAUUAAUUGAUCUGCAAGCGGAUACAACAUGUAAAGAAAACAAUGAUUUUAAUAAUUCGGGCACGCGUUUUAACUAAGGGAAAGACACAAACCGAAGAAUAUGGAGAAUAAUGAAAUAUAAAAAAGAAAAAAGCAUGUUUUAAACGCAUUUAUUUUGAAGUGGGAGAUUUUAUAACUUACAGAUAUUGAAGUGCCUUUAUGUUAUUGUUUUUAAAACAAUACAUUUGAUUUACGGUAUGCGUUGAGGAAAUUGAUUCGUCUGACGGGUUGCCUCAUUCCGAACUGGAUUCGUAGUUAAUUUAACGGAUUUAUAAAGUUCUGUUUCAGUGGAAUUCGUACAAAAACACAACGAACGGGGUCAUUUUUUAAUGGAUUUUUUUUCUCUUGGCUGAACUUUGUGAAGUUUCCGAAUUGUAGAGGAAAACAAUUCAACAAGACUUCCCUUUGGGGAGUUGAUUUCUAAAACCGGACCCGAGCACAAACCGUGGAAGGAAAUCGCGUUUUGUCCUCUAAAGGGAAAAUGGGGAAUGUGGAAAGUUUGGAUGAUCAGACGGAUUUGAAACCCCACAUCAUGCCACUGAAACUCCCCAUGCCCGAACAAUGCGAGCUGGAAGAACGAUUCGCCCUGGUUUUGAAUUCCAUGAACCUGCCUCCCGACAAGGCCAGGUUACUGCGGCAGUACGACAACGAGAAGAAAUGGGACCUGAUCUGUGAUCAGGAGAGGUUUCAAGUGAAAAACCCGCCUCACACCUACAUUCAGAAGCUCAGGGGGUUCCUGGAUCCGGGAGUGACCAGAAAGAAAUUCAGGAGGAGGGUCCUGGAGUCCACUAAGGUGCUGAGAGAGCUGGAGAUCUCCCUGCGGACCAAUUACAUCGGGUGGGUGCGAGAGUUCUUGAACGAUGAGAACAGAGGUCUGGACGUGCUGGUGGAGUACCUGUCAUUCGCUCAGUGUGCCGUCAUGUUUGAUUUUGAGGCUCUGGAGAAUGGGGAGGAUGGCGUGCUAGACAAGUCGAAAUCCUGGAGCAGGUCCAUUGAGGAUCUGCACCAGAACUGUGCCCAGCCUUUCAGCAACAGCCUCGCUCGCUCUGCCCGCCAGUCUGUCCUACGCUACAGCACGCUGUCAAACAGGAAAACCAUAAAGAACUCUCGUCUGGUGAGCCAGAAGGAUGACGUGCACGUCUGCAUCAUGUGCCUGCGAGCCGUCAUGAACUACCAGUACGGCUUCAACCUGGUCAUGUCCCACCCUCACGCCGUCAAUGAAAUUGCACUGAGUUUGAAUAACAAGAAUUCCAGAACGAAAGCUUUGGUUCUGGAGCUCCUGGCCGCGGUCUGCCUAGUGAGAGGAGGCCAUGAAAUUAUCCUGUCCGCAUUCGACAACUUUAAAGAGGUUUGUAAGGAGAAGCAUCGCUUUGAGAAGCUGAUGGAAUAUUUCAGAAAUGAAGACGGGAACAUCGAUUUCAUGGUGGCCUGCAUGCAGUUCAUUAACAUCAUGGUGCACUCCGUGGAGGAUAUGAAUUUCCGAGUCCACCUGCAGUACGAGUUCACCAAACUGGAGCUGGACGACUUCCUGGAGAGAUCGAAGCACACAGAGAGUGACAAGCUGGCCGUUCAGAUCCAGGCUUACCUGGACAAUGUGUUCGACGUUGGGGGGCUGCUGGAGGACGCAGAGACCAAGAACGCGGCUCUGGAGAAGGUGGAGGAGCUGGAAGAGCACCUGUCCCACUUAACAGAGAAGCUGCUGGACCUGGAGAAUGAUAACAUGAUGAGGGUGGCUGAUCUGGAGACCCAGCUUCUACACAGAGACAAAGAGCUGGAGCUGGUGAAGGAAACGUACGAGUCGACGAACUCGCAGGUGCACACGCUGCGCCGCAUGAUCAAGGAGAAGGAAGACGCCUACCAGCGGCAAUCCAACAUCGAGAAGAGACUGCAGGAGCUGGAGCAGCAGGGAACCAUCCGCCUUCACAAGCAGGCCGACGGGGACAUUGACAUCGUGCCUCUGGGAGGAGGAGGAGGAGGAGGGGGUACAGGGGGAGGCUCGGGAGGGCCUGGAACUGUGGAGACGCCCUUCUCAGAACCUGCACCCCCGCCCCCGCCCCCACCCCCACCCCUGCCUACAGCAGGGGAGAGUCUUCCAGCGCCAGCCCCGCCCCCUCCUCCGCCCCCUCCCGCAGCCCCGCCCCUUCCUGGAAUGUCGCCUUCUGUCAUCCUGAGCGUCGGCCUAUCGGCGAUCCGGAUAAAGCAGCCCAUCAAGACCAAGUUCCGUCUGCCGGUGUUCAACUGGACAGCUCUGAAACCCAACCAGAUCAACGGCACGGUCUUCAACGAGAUCGAUGACGAGAGGAUAAUGCAGGAGCUGGAUUUGGAUAAGUUCGAGGAGCUGUUCAAGACCAAGGCUCAGGGGCCCAUCGUGGACCUGGUGUGUCCCAAGAGCAAGGUGGCGCAGAAGGCCGUCAACAAGGUGACCCUGCUGGAGGCCAACCGGUCGAAGAACCUGGCCAUCACGCUGCGCAAAGCCAACAAGAGCACGGAGGAGAUCUGCAAAGCCAUCCACACGUUCGAUCUGAAGGUGCUGCCCAUCGACUUCGUGGAGUGCCUGACGCGCUUCCUGCCCACGGAGGCGGAGGGGAAGCUGCUGCGGCAGUACGAGCGCGAGCGCAGGCCCCUGGAGGACCUGGCCGACGAGGAUCGCUUCAUGCUGCACUUCAGCAAGAUCGAGAGGCUCACGCAGAGGAUGAGCAUCAUCACCUUCAUCGGCAACUUCAAUGACAACGUGCAGCUGCUCACGCCGCAACUGAAUGCCAUAAUCGCAGCAUCAGCUUCCGUUAAGUCCUCGCAGAAAUUAAAGAAAAUGUUAGAGAUUAUCCUGGCCUUGGGAAACUACAUGAACAGCAGCAAGAGAGGAGCGGUCUACGGGUUUAAAUUACAGAGCUUGGACCUGCUCCUGGACACCAAGUCUACAGACAGGAAGCUCACCCUAUUGCACUACAUAGCCCUCGUUGUGAAGGAGAAGUACCCCGAGAUCUCAGCCUUCUGGAACGAGUUGCACUUCAUCGACAAAGCGGCGGCAGUAUCCCUGGAGAACGUGCUGCUGGAUGUGAAGGAGCUGGGCAGGGGGAUGGAUCUGAUCCGACGGGAGUGCAGCCUCCACGAUCACGGGGUCCUCAAGAACUUCGUCAGCGCCAACGAGGGCAGACUGGAGAAACUGCAGAAGGACGCCAAGACUGCCGAGGAGGCCUUCAAUACCGUGGUUCGUUACUAUGGGGAGAAUCAGAAGACGACCCCCCCCUCGGUAUUCUUCCCUGUGUUUGUCCGCUUUGUGAAGGCCUACAAGGAAGCGGAACAGGAAAACGAGCAGAGGAAGAAGCAGGAGGAAGCCAUGAGGGAGAAGAUGCUGGCACAGGAGGCAAAGCAGCAGGAUCCCAAGUCUCAGGUCCAGAAGAACAGCAAGAGGCAGCACCAGCAGCACGACCUGAUCACUGAGCUGAGGAGGCGACAGGCCAAGGAGCACAGGCCGGUGUACGAGGGGAAGGACGGCACCAUCGAGGAUAUUAUAACAGUGCUGAAGAGUGUCCCGUUCACGGCCCGAACAGCCAAGCGGGGCUCACGGUUCUUCUGCGAUACGGUCCUCUGUGAGGAGUCCAACUGUUAGUGCCCUCUCCGCCCAGCAGCACCCUGCCAAGAUCUCAGGAACCAGCCCUUUCUACGAGCUGAUGCGGUGAUCCGGAGCGGCUGGAGGAGAGUGUGAGGCGGGGGGCUGGAGUUCCCUCGUCUUGGAGUUCACCCCUCCGCAGCAGACUGGAAUCGGAUGGGAUUUUUCAGAAGGAAUUUGGAAAAUGCCCCCCCCCCCCCUCCUCCUACCCCCGCCUCCCCAGGUGACCUUGAAGGAACGAGGCUGCUUCCUCCUAAAACCAAAUAAGACUUUCAUUGUUUUUCUUAAAAAAAAAAAAAAAAGACAUUCCUCACAAUAUUACAGUAUUACUGCUAAGGUGUUUUAGCCAUAAUUUGUAAAAAAUUUUAAAACCUAUUUUAAUAUUAUUUUUUUACUUUUUAUCUUUAAAUAUCCAAUACUGUAAAUUGACUGUGUUUAGCCUCUCCGUGUUUUGCCCUUGCCCGCUUAUACUGCACAUGGAGAAAGCGAUGUGGUUGCUUCUCUGAUGUAUUUAAGGUGUUCACGCUAGGCCUAAGCUUCUAGCGUUCAAAUGCAAAAUACCCUCGUUUCAGUUCCGGAACGCACAGUCCUGAAGAUUCCGAAUUCCCACAGUGAUCUCGUCCAGCUCCAGCAAACAUCCUCCCAAGCCCAGCAGCACUGCACAGCUUUUCAAUUCAUACCCACGCCUAGCUGGUACCUGCACUCUACAGUAAGAGCAGACUGGAUUGAGAGCCUUUUAUUACAGAAAUCUUCAGUGCAGUUAUUAAGAAUAGGACCUGAACACAGGGUCCCAGAAUGUGGGAGUGCUUGAAGCCUGUUAAAUACACCAGUUGAAGAAUGAAAUAUCCGCAGCCCUGCGAUUUGUAUUCUUCGUUUUGUUGUCUUCUUGUUUUCAAUUUAAAGGUUUUGCAUACAGAGAUUAGGCUCUGCCCUGUGCCAGUUUAAUCACAUGUUUGCAGCUAAACCUGCAUUUUUUUCCUCUAAACACUAAGUGGCUAAACUUUUCAGUAUUAUAAAAUUGUCAGUAUAAUUUUAAAAAGGCAUUUGAUUUCUCGAAGGCCACACCCAAAGGUUUUCUGUGCUUUGAGGAGCGAGUUCUCUUACUCGUACGGUCCUGCAUUCCCGAAAGGGUUUAUCUAAGAACACAGCACCUCUCCUUGCGUUAGAAUUGAACCCCAUGGCAGCCCCUCUCCUGCUGCUAACGCCUGCUGUUUUGAGGGUAACAGAAAAAGCAAUGGAAGCAGUGUAAUGUAUCAUAAACACUGCAUUUCACGAGAGAAAGUGAGGGAGAGAUGAUUUCAAAUAGCUACUCAAACCUUAAGCUUUUUUUUUUAAAAGCAAUGCACACAGCUGUAGGUCUCUUGAAACUAGUAAUACCAGAGAUUUAAAUAGCUAGCCAGUGCAUUGGAAAUUGCUUACCAGGUAACUGUUGUGCAAAAAAGGUCCAGUGACAUGAACUAGCCACUGUGUCUGUGUCUAACUGUCGUUAUCAGAAUAAAGAAAAUGAUGCAGCUGUUUUUAGAUUUUGGUUGUGGGACAGUUCAGACCGGUUGGCUUUGACCAUUCGCUAACGGCUGCUGUGUCCUGGCUAAGACAAUCUGGGAGGUAUUACUAACUUCAGUCUGUUUGCAGCUCACAUUAUAUCCAGCCUGCUACUCAAAGCGAGAUCCCAGAGCUCGUUUCUCAUUUCAAACAGAGCCUCCUGUCUGUCGGGCCGUUGCCCUGUUUAUAUCGUUCUUGUCUGUUGUUUUAUGUUUAGCUACGAAAGGGUCUCGGUGCAAAAAAUAUACACUAUCCAGUUAAUAUUGUAUGAUAAAGAUAUAUCCACCCCCCUCUAUAUGUGUUGUAAAUGUAUAAAGUAAAGCCUUUUCAUUCCUGUGUAACACUUUAUUUUGUAAAACUAUGCCAAACCAGAUUGAGGCUUCUAGCCCCCAGAUCUUAUAUUCUGUACAUAUUCUUAAUAAAUUACCAAAAAAAACAAACAACAACUUGA